UCUCCCUCCUCGAUCCUCCCCAAACAUACCAACCCAAUCCACUUACAAAAGAGAUAUAAAAUAGUUGAAACGAGAGCUCAUAACUCCAGCUCCUUAUCCCCUCCCAAACCCAGCUCAAUGCCUCUCACACCCUCUCUCUUGCAAUUUCCUCCCUUGCAGUCCCUGAAGCUCUCCACUCCAUUCCUCCAUGGAUCCGCUUCUCUCUCCCUCCUCUCCAAACCCACUUCCUCUCUCACCCCACAAUCCCAUACCUUCCUCCCUCCCAUCAGAGCCAUGAAAUCACUGCAGGGUAAAGUCGUUUGUGCCACCAACGACAAGACCGUGGCUGUGGAAGUGGUGCGCUUAGCGCCUCACCCGAAGUACAAGAGGCGGGUCAGGAAGAAGAAGAAGUACCAGGCUCACGACCCGGAUAACCUGUUCAAGGUUGGUGACCUUGUGCAAUUGGAGAAAAGCAGACCCAUUAGCAAGACCAAGACUUUUAUAGCUGUGCCGCUACAGAGUAGGAAUUCCAAGAAGAAAGCUGCUGAAGAAGAUGUGCCAAAGGAGCUUGGGAUUCCGUUGGAGUCUCAGCAGCAACUGCAGGCUUAGAGUGAGGUCUCUAUAGUUCAUUUUGUGAUUUCGAAACGCUUAAUUUUGUGCUCAACUUUAUGCGAUACUGUUCGCAAUUAUUGUGAUUGAACUGAUGUUUUUGCUUCAAAUCUGUGGAAUUUCCACCUUGUUCGGUAAUGGGUUCGAUAUAUAUUGGCCUGACUCUGCUUGAA